CUGGUUCAUGUCAUAGAGUUUAAAAGUAAAUUAAGUUUGGUUUGAUUUGGAUUGUUUGGUUUGUGGUUGUUUGGGAUUCAAUUAUCAUAAAUUCAAUUAAACAAUGUUUGUUGAGACAGCUGCAAUAUGACUGUUGUAACUUGUAGUGUAUAUACAGGGAGUAACUGAAUUAAUGAUAACGUUUUACUGAAAAUCUUUUUUUGUUAUAUACGAAAACGAAGUUUGUUGGAGUAAAAGCUGUUAGUAUUUAUACUGAUUUAAACCUCUGUCAUUAUGAAGUUUACUGAACAUUUAUCUGCACAUAUUACACCCGAAUGGAGAAAACAAUACAUCAACUAUGAGGAAAUGAAAUGUAUGCUAUAUGCUGCUGUGGAACAAGCACCUUCAGCAGAGUUAGUUGAACCAGAUGUUGUUACAAGAUAUUUUGCCAAGUUUGAUGAACAAUUUUUUCAUUAUUGUGACAAGGAGCUGGCGAAAAUAAAUACAUUUUAUUCAGAGAAGUUGGCAGAAGCAACAAGGAAAUUUGGGAGUCUCAGGAAUGAACUGAGUGAGGCUCAAGAAGAUGAGUUUAGAGCUAAGGAAGGAAUGUUUCGUCAUCGACCAAAGAUUUUACGCAAAAGAGAUGUCCCAGCUCGAAAAAUCCAAGAGCUCAAACUAGCUUUUAGUGAGUUCUAUCUCAGCCUAAUACUUUUACAAAAUUACCAAAACCUCAAUUUCACUGGAUUUAGAAAAAUUCUAAAAAAACACGACAAGUUGUUAUGUGUGGACAUUGGCGCAAAAUGGCGGUCAGGGAAUGUGGAAACAUCACACUUCUACAUCAACAAGGACAUCGACCGGUUGAUCCAGGAGACGGAAGCGACUGUAACCCAGGAGCUGGAGGGGGGAGACAGACAGCGAGCCAUGAAGCGACUUAGAGUGCCUCCACUGGGAGAGCAGCAGAGUCCAUGGACUACCUUCAAGGUCGGUCUCUUCUCCGGCUCCUUUGUGGUACUCAUCAUAGCCGUCGUCUUGUCUGCCAUCUUCCACUCUAACCGGGAGGACUGGAGGAUUGUGGUGCGACUGUACCGUGGGCCACUGUUGCUGGUCUUGUUUCUGUUCCUGAUGGGUAUCAAUGUGUAUGGUUGGCGCUCGUCUGGUGUUAACCAUGUGUUGAUCUUUGAGUUGGACCCUCGUAACCAUCUAUCAGAGCAGCAUAUCAUGGAGCUUGCAGCCAUAUUUGGUGUUGUCUGGACUCUCAGUGUGCUUAGCUUCCUCUACAGCGCAUCACUGAGUAUUCCACCAUACGUGAAUCCCUUGGCUCUCAUUACCAUCAUGGUCCUCUUCUUGUUCAACCCUACUAAGACCUUCCGACACGAGGCUCGCUACUGGGUACUUAGAGUCCUGAUGAGGAUAGUAGCAUCUCCGUUCUUUUAUGUGGGGUUUGCCGAUUUUUGGCUGGCAGACCAACUGACCAGCCUGGUACCUGUAUUACUGGAUUUUCACUACUUCAUCUGCUUCUACAUCACCAAUGACAGCUGGAUGAAGGCUGACAGGUCUGUUUUUGCAGAUGCCACCAAGUGUGUGGACCGUGUGACCACAUUACGUCCUGUCGUCGCAUGUUUGCCAUGCUGGUUCCGCUUUGCGCAGUGCCUGCGCCGCUACCGAGACACAAAGGAGGCUUUUCCUCACCUUGCCAAUGCCGCCAAAUACUCCACUACAUUCUUCGUACUCAUAUUCUCAUCCUUACAUUUUACCUACAAAAGUGAUUACAAGAACAGUAGCGAGAAUCCAUUCUUCUACCUGUGGAUUCUUGCAUCCAUUGUGAGCUCUGUGUACUCCUAUACUUGGGACAUCAAGAUGGACUGGGGGCUGUUCGACCAAAAAGCUGGAGACAACAAGUUUCUGCGAGAGGAGAUUGUCUAUCCUUCUGUUGGUUACUACUACACUGCCAUCAUAGAAGACCUGUUCCUCAGGUUUGGCUGGGUCUUGUCCAUGUCCCUCACAGAGAUGGGUUAUGCUCAUGGAGACUUGAUGAUAACAAUUCUUUCUCCACUUGAAGUGUUCAGGAGGUUUGUUUGGAAUUUCUUCCGUCUGGAGAAUGAACACUUGAACAAUUGCGGCAAAUUCCGAGCGGUCAGAGAUAUCUCAGUAGCACCUCUUGACUCCAGUGACCAGACACAGAUACUGCGCAUGAUGGAUGAUCCGGAUGGUGUCACCAACCGACACAAGAAGAAGGCAGCGGUUGCAGCUGUUGGCCUCAAGAAGCGGGUACUAGGAGGAGCAGGAGGAGGUGACCAUUUGCUCACAGUAGAAAACAAUGAGUCUACCGAUGACCCGGAUACGUAGUUGUGGCCUACUACACUCAUAGGUCUCAUUUGUAUGAACGGUAAAAUUUUUGUCGCCACUCUUCCAAAUGUGUUAUGUUUGGAGCCCUCUUUCUUAGUUACAAACAUUUGUUACAGGCAAUCUUCAAUAAUGUAUAUGUUACAUAAAUACCUAUACAAACAAUAGAAUUGAUGAGGAGUUGUACUUCAUAAAGCCAUAAAGCAAGUACAAAAGUUGUUCAAUAAUUUUAAGUAGCAAUUUUUGCAAAUUAACGCUCAGUACCACAGGCAGAGUAUCACAUGUAUCUGACAAGCCAACAAGUCUUUCUGUAGUAAAACUACUUUAUUUGUAACUUGAGCUUAGAUCAGUAUUACUGUUGUAAAUGCAUGAGCAACAUAUUAAUAACAUUUAGUGCAAACCAAGAUUAUUUAUAAUAAUAUAUGGAAAUUAAAUCCAGAAUCAUAACUGCAAUUUUACUCUUAAUUAAAAAAAUCUUUAUUCUUAAAUAAAAUUAAAUCCAAAUAAAAACAAAAAUAUAAACUCAAAAAACAAUAAAUAUAAAUAAAAAGAGUAACAAAAUUCAAUUAUAGCAUGUAUAAAAAGAUUAAUGAAAAUGUAUUGGUCAUACAUAGGUUAAUGCAUAUUGUUGCAUUAUCAAUGUACAAAAUUCAGAAGCCUGUCAAAGCCAAAAAUAUGAAAUAAUGAUCAUAUCCAAUUCAAAACAGUUUUAACAUAACAUAUUUAAAGUAUUUCUUAAUGAGAUAGUCCUUGAAAAGUAACUGCCAUAAUAUUUAUAGUAAAUAUUUCUGGUGGCAUUUCAACGUAUAGGCACUGUCAAAACCACAGACAAAACGUUCUACCAAAAUACUUGUUAAAUCCUCACUUACUAAAACUUGUAUGAAGCUAAGUUGAAUAGUUAAUGUUUUGUAGUUUUUAGUAUUUCAAAAUUAUGUUUGAUUUUAUAAAAACAUAAUACAAAGUUUUAACCAAGAGUCUUUCCUGAAUCUGAUGAAUGUUUGUUUUUACCUCCGUAACUUGUCAGAAACUUUAAAGUAAUUAAACGACCUGGGACUCAUUAAUUUAUGCAAUUUUUGGAUUAUUUCCAUUUGAGCACAACUGGACUAACUGAUAAAAUGCAAUUCAAACCACACAUCUAAUUUGGUGCCUGGGAGUUAAUUUAAAACUGCACACUAUUAUGUGGUUACCAGGAAAUAAAGUUAAUAGUAUUCACAAUCUUAUUGACACCACAUAAUGGUGCAAAAAUUAAAAUUAGUGCCAUUGGCCAUAAGGAACUGGGUAUUGACCAUUGACGGCUCAAAAGUGGUAAUGCACUAUAUAUUUUGUGUUUGAUACUUUUUGUUAUAAGUGUUUAAAACUUAAAAUUUCAAUAAAUCAUUUUACCAAGACUGAAAUAUAAAAUGUUUCAGUAUUAUAGAAUGUGUAUUGAAUGAAUAGAAUAUCAACGUAGAACAACUAACAAUUUUUUUCUACAAUCCACAUUGUUAGAAACAAAUACAACACAGAUCUUGGCAACAGUUCGAUGGUAAAUUCUACAGAAUUCACUGACCUGGUCUGGCAAAUAUGUAAAAAAGUGAUAAUUCUUUUAACAAUGCGUCAUAACAAUAAUAAUUUUUAAAUUGUUUUUGUAUUAUUGGAUGAAAUCAACUGAAGUACUUCAGUACCCAUUAUUUGAUACAGCUUUAUUUUUACUGAUGGAAAAGAACUUAAUUUAAGCAAUAAAUUAAUGAUAUUUUUAAUAACUUAGCAACAAAUAAUUUUGUGCACAUAUGUAAACAUAAAAAAAAACACUGUAGAUAUGACAUAUGUGUAAGUUCAUUGUAUUAUGCUUGCUUUAUUCAGUAUUAUAUAGGUUUUAAGGUUGUUUCUUGUUCCUUUUUAACUGAUUGGUGUUGAAUGUUUUGGUAUAUUUAUGCCAAGAUGCUGAUUUAUCAUUGGUUUAAUAUAUUUGUGUUACUUAGCUAUAUACAUUUUUUGUUUUGUAUACUAUAAAACCAAAAUAUUUCAAGUGUCUCAUGAGUGCUUUCGUCAAUAGUUAGUCAUUACUUUUGUGUUAAUUUCUUAUCAGGGUAUAAGCUUUCAGUGUUUAAAAUCUAUACUGGGUGAUCCAAGUGUUCACUUCUUUCUUCACUUAUGUUGACAGCUAUCAAAAUACGACUGAAGAGACUAUUUUGUUAGUAACACUUUGGUUGUGAAGAAUGCUGGGUGGAAACCUACCAUAAAUCUGAAUUGUUCCAAGUUACUUGACCCAAACAAAUACAUUGUUCCACUUGAGAAACAACCCUAUAAACCCACCCUUGUCACAAAAAACCGUGCUAAACAUACAUGUACAUCAUCCAGAUUCUACUUUAUACCAUCUCCAUAAAUUACAAAAUACCUGGUAAUCAUAAUUGUGAGUUCAAUUACAUAUUGUGAUUUUCCAAUUACUGUACAAACACUUCCUUUCCCAUAGACUUAAUCUCUGAAACCCUUUAAUAAACACAUGAAUAGUAAUAGGCAUGACAAGGUCCUACUUCUUUACAAACCUGUCUUGCUCAUAUCAUUCUCCAAGACCAAAAUUGUUUACAACUGCUUUACUACCAGUCAGUAAAGUGGAGACAUAACCUAUCAGAAGGAAUCUACUUAAACUGUACAUUAUCCAAAAAAGAACUGAAUUUGACAUUAAACGUCCCUAAAGUUUCUCUUUAAAAAUUAUAAGGGGUGGACAAUUUAUAGAUCACUCAGCAUAGUUAUGUUAUAAGUUUUAUCUUAAGUAGAUUAGGUAGGUUAGUUAAUUCUUCAUAUAUUAAUUUAGUGCAAAUAGUGGAGGAUAACUUCAUUAACUUGUUAAAGUUAACUUUAUACACAGUAAAAAAUAAUCAAAAUAUUGAGAUAAAUUAUGCUGAUAUCUAAAUUAAGCUUCUGUACCUGUGAAUAUUGAAAACUAUUUACUUUACAUGAAAAACUAAAGAUUUUUGGGAUUAAUAUUAACCAUAUCUUUAAAAUCAGACACCUCCCAUAAUUCUACAACUACAAUAAUAAAGGCAUUAAAGUGUGAAGUUUGACAUUACACUUAUGGGUUGAGUCUCAAGGUCAUUUCACUACAGCUGGUUCUUAUUUAAGAGGUAAAAUUAAUAACCAUCAAUGAAUUUGUGUUAACUUUGAAUAAAUAUGAUAUGAACCUGC